GGGGCCCAGGCAGGCGGCCCCCGCGAGUCGUUUUCCGGCGGUGUAGGUGUCGGCGUGCAGCAGGGCGAUGGCGGCUGGCGGUAGCGACCUGCGUGGUGGCGACGUAGAGGAGGAUGCUUCACAGCUCAUCUUUCCCAAAGAGUUUGAAACAGCUGAGACACUUCUAAAUUCAGAAGUUCAUAUGCUUCUGGAGCAUCGAAAGCAACAGAAUGAGAGUGCAGAAGAUGAACAGGAACUUUCUGAAGUCUUCAUGAAAACUCUGAACUACACAGCUCGUUUCAGUCGUUUCAAAAACAGAGAGACCAUUGCCAGUGUCCGUAGCUUGUUGCUUCAGAAGAAGCUUCAUAAGUUUGAGUUGGCCUGUUUGGCCAACCUUUGUCCAGAGACUGCUGAGGAGUCCAAGGCCCUGAUCCCAAGCCUGGAGGGGCGUUUUGAAGAUGAGGAACUACAGCAGAUUCUUGAUGAUAUUCAGACCAAGCGCAGCUUUCAAUAUUAAUCUCCAAACAUUACUACUUAGGGAACCACAUCCCCAGCAUGGCACCACUGUCCCCCAGUAUCUGGGACUAACAUGUGCAGAAAAUCUAUUACAGAAGACAUUUGGGCUUUUGGAUACAACCACCCAGCUUGGUUUUGGUCUGGGUUGCUAUUUCAGACUUGACUGUUAAAUCAUAAUGUCCGUGUAAUCUUGAAGAGGCCUUGCAGUGGCUGCUUAUGGCUUCCUGAGCGUUCCUCUGGAAAGGGAGAGGUGGGGUGAUGUGCAUAUAAACUGUGGUUUUUGGCCCCUGCGUUAUUUUUUAUUUCUAAUAUUUUAUGCUUUGCUUUCAAUGUGUUUAUAUUUUAUGAAACUACACUAGAACAUAUAAAACUGGUAUGGGGAACAACAAUCUUAUCUAAACGCAAAAGGAAGAAUUAAACCAGACCUGUACAUUGUCUGAAAUUCUCGAAGAUAGGAUGGUAGUAGUGUUACUGACCACGCAAGAGCCUUAGCAUCUUUGUGCUUGACACAGGAGACCGGAAGAAGCUCCCUAUGGAAAACAGUCACAACUGGAUAACUGCUAGGUAUUGCGGAUCCAAUAGCCUUGAGGUAGAUGGGUACUUUGCCUUUUUUCUUGCACUGUUGCAGAAUGUAGUUUUGGAGUAAGAGAGCCCACAGGACUUACUUUAUCACUCCCAAAUUAAGUUUUUCCUUCAUAGGCCAGACGUGAAGGUCUGAACACUUUGAAGUGCCUUUUUUUGUAGUGCCCCAUCCAAACCUCUGGCUUGCUGCUUGGCAACGGAUGUUACCAGACGGGGGUAAUUUGGAAGGAGGGAGCCUGCCUCCUCCUGAGUCAGUAAAGUGAAGUAACUCAAUCUGGUAUAAGUUGGAGAAAACAUGUUAAUAGCUGAACAUUCUAACUUUUAUUUUUAUUAUGGAAAAUAUACUGGGGGGGUUUUCCCACAACGUGGAUUUUUUCUUUCUUUUUUUAGUACUUGUUCCAAAUGAAUUCCUGAUCCAAGGAAAAGGUUGAGGAAAAAUGUUGGCUCUAAAGGUCAAGAUAGUUUUGUGUUAGUUGCUAAAGCAAAAAUAAAAUAUUCCUAUUUUUAUAAAUUCUUUCAGUUUCUGAAAUGACAUGGUUUUGUCACCAGUAUUAUUAAUAUUUAAGGGAAUGACAAUUAUUCCUCAGUUUUAAAAAAAAUUGAAGUAAGUAAUGUUUUCAUCCUUGGGCAACUUCUUUGAGACCCAUCAGUGUUCUCAGUAUGUGGAUAAUAAUAUUAUCGUUAUAAUACCAUUAUCCACAUACUAUUAUACUAUUAAGUAUCUACUUCAUAAUUUUGAAAAAAUACUAAAAACAGCCUGUUGGUAUCUGACAUAUAAUAUGUUCUAAUGUUAAGUAUUAUGCUCAGUAGAUGAGCAUGUAUACAUAGGUGAAAAAUCAGCUUGCUUCAUAGAAAUUAGUGCAAGACUUUGGUAGCAUAUCAACUGGUGAUGGUAUCACUCUAUGAAAACAAACAAAAUUGCUUAUUCCUUAAGUCUCCAGAAUUAUCUUUUAACAGAGGCAGUUACAUGUGCAGGUUGGUAUGAAGCAGUAGGCUAGAAAGAACAGACAUAGAAGGCAGACAAUGCAGAUUACAGCCCAGGUGCUAUCUGGCAAGAGCAGUAUAGUACCACCAAUUUCAGCUGUGCCCUUGGUGUGCCAGGGGUCUGUGAGCUGUAUAAAAGGAAAGUACAGAAAUUGCCAGGAAAAUAGUUAGCCACUGAUUAAUGGUAGUAAGAUAAUUAGAAGCAGAUUUUUAAAAAUAACCCAUACUAGGAAAUUGCGUGCUCUAGAUUCAAAACCUCAUGAACACAUUCUGCUGGACAUUUUUCUCUGUAGUCCUGGCAGCACCUCUCCAUUUCAUCAUCAGGAGACCUUGCAAAAAUCUUUAAUCAUGUGUAAAACAUUGUUAGGUGUACUGUACUAUGUUUGCAAAAGCAGAAUUAAGGGGCACAUUGAAACAACAAAAAGAUACCAUGCUGUCUAACCCUCACUUCACCAGAAAGCCACCAGAAGAAAUUCCUGAAAAUUCUCGUCAUUCUGGCUUUAUUGAAAUUGAUUAAACUUGAGGCUCGAAAAACAGCAUUACUGGAGCACAAGUCAUUUUUUUAGACAUUAUUAAUGAUAUAAGCUUAUUUUUAAAACCAUUGAAGCUCACAUAAAGAUUUGUAUGUGACUAAUCAAGGUAGUAGUAUUCAUAAUAAUAAAAAAUCUGAAUGCUCACAAACUGAAUAGAUAAAUGAGAUGUAUUUUUUCACUUAUGAAAAAUUUUAAACAUACAGAAAAGCUGAAAGACUAGCACAUUGACCAUCUAUAUUCAUCACUACACUUAACAAUAUUUGUUUUAUCUAAUAUAUUUUUGCUACAAAGCAUUUGAUAGCAGCAUGACACUUCACUGAAAUAGUUAAAUGUGUCUUUCGAAAUUGACUUCCUUUUAUAAGCAGUAUUGGAUCUACAUUGACAAGCAUUUUCAGAUAUUUAAUAUUUAGUUCAUACUCAAAUACCCUGGGGGAGAGUUUUGGGCCAAAGCUUCAGUUCCCAUGUUGGUAUAAUUUAGUAUUAUAUAAAAGCAGUUAUCACUAAGGAUCUAAAAUGACACUUGCGAAAAAUACUGAAGAAGUACAUGUGGUCAGUGCCCUCAAGGUGCUGUAAGGAGCUCUGACUGGACAAGAUACCUCUGUGCAACCCUAUGAUGAAAAUAAGGCCUAGAAAAUAGACCUUGAUCACCAAUGUGUCUGCAUGUGGCACUCAGUCCAUCAUUAGUGGGAUGGCAGUUUGGGACUAAAUGGCCAGAUUAGUGAAUGUUGAGGCAGGUCUGCUGAAUGUCACCAAACAUGAGGUAGCAUUCAGACUUGAGUUAUGCGGUGCCUUGGGGGAGACACUCUGUCCUGCAGAGCCGCUCUAGGUCACCAUAGAUGGGGAAAUAAACUGUACCAGACACAAUUUGCCUGUCAGGAGAAGGGGUUGGCAGUUCCCUGUAGUGGAGAAUGCCCUGAGCCCUUCCCUAGAAGUGUUUUUUAUUGAGGACAAUAUGUGUAGGGGUAUACAGCAUGCAUACAAAGCCUAUCAAUCUACAUCAAAAGGCUAUAGGUGAUAAAUUGAAAAAAUACAGAGGUUUGUCUUAAAUCAAGGUCUGUCAGACAAGUUGGUACCUGAUCCUCACUCAUUAAGGCAUAGUUUGGGGGGCUCAGAAAUUACCUCCUUGCUGUGAAGUAAAGCAUCUGGUGUUUCCUUAUCAGGGCAGUGCAAAGCAGAGCAAGCUUCAGGGGAUACAAUGUAUUCUUUUGCAGGCCACAGUUGCCAGUGCCUCACAAAGUGGUCCCCAAUAUCAGUACUCAUUAACUCCAGGGCAUUCUUAGCAAAGUAAGUUUCAUAGGAUUUAAUGCAUUCCUUUUCCAGGCCUAAUUGUCCCUGGGAACCACCUGAUCCAGUUCAGGGCUGUACCUGCCUUUAUACUGUUUUACUGACAAGUCAGGCAGCCGAGCAGAGCAGCCAAGAGAUAAGGAGGCUUCUUUCAGAUAGAAUGAAGACUCCGGCCAUGACAAGGCUGAGGGGUGAGGGUUUUUUGCCCCUUUUCCAUGUCCCUCAAGUCCUUCCCUGAUGGCCCCCAUGCGACUGUGCCUGUCUUAGGCUGCCCCUGCCAUUGAGAGGUCUUACCUGUCAUUGACUAACCAGCCAUCCUCCGGGGCCAAGCAGGGUGAUGUGAGAGAGACACGGGCUGUGCCCUUGCUGGGGUGGGGGGGCAGGUUUUGACUCUUCAGUGGCCUAUUUCCCUAAGGCCUCCUUGCUUAGCUCCAGCCUUGGGGCCCUCUUGGCUGUCAGCAACGCUACAGUUCCUGAAACCAGGCAGGAUAGUUCCCAACAGUGCCUCAUUUCCCUUUGCAUGUUAUUUACUAGUAAAUUGAGUAAAAACAAUCCCAUUUUCGGAAGGAUCAAUGUGGAGCUGCAAGGAGAUCAAGAAUGUACCUGAAAUAAUAAAAUGAGAUAGAGUUGAGGUAGUGGAAAAGCAGCUUGGAAGUUACCUGGGAAUUUUGAGAGACAAGGUAAAGCUGCCCAACAAAACUUUCUGUGAGAGACAAAUGUUCUGUAUCUGUGCUGCUUAAUAUGGUAGCUGAUAGCCACAUGUAACUGUUGAGCACUUGAGCCUAACAUAACAGGAACCGAAUUGAAGAUUUUUUUUAAAUUAAAAUUUUAAGUAGUUGCAUGUACUUAGUGGCUAUAGUACAGCUCUUAGCUUCCAAGGCAAAUGUCCUGGAGGCCAUUGAAAUCAAAGAGGGUUUCACCAAGAUUAACACUAUUCACAAGAGCAGAAAAAUAACAAGUGACUAUUAAUCAAAAUUUGGUCCCCAAAUUUCUGAAGUCUAAAGUUGAAUAUCACUUUCUAUACAUCUCUGAAUUCAGUUUUUCUGAUACAAGUUUUUGUUUUUUCCAAAUCUUCUCUACUAAUGCUCAUAGACAAAAUGAAUACCUCAUCUUUUGAUGGGAACCUCUUUCCUAAUUAAUUUUGCCUUUCAGUAGGCUGAUAACUUGUAUGUUGAAUUUGAAAGACAAAAACUCCACAAAGAUUGCGGGUUCCAGCCUUGCUCAGGGCAGAUACAAAUACCAACCCAUGAAUAUAUGCAUAAGUGAAAUAACAAAUUAAUGUUUCUCUCUCCCUUCCCCCUCCUUCCUCUCUAAAAUCAAUAUAUUAAAAAAAUUUAUCACCUUUUAAGGCUUCCAAUAUUUGUAUUUUGUAAUUCUUAUAAAAGUGGGCCGGGCAUGAGAUACUUUCAGGUUCAGGGACUGACAUACUUUUAAAUUCAGACUAACCUCUAUUUCUUGAGCCAUAUUAACACCAGCCUGUCGCCAUGCAUGUCCUAAAUACAUUCUCCUUGUUAACAGAGAACUUAACAGUUCUUCAUGUUCAAAGGUAAUCGAAAUUGUGAAAUAUUUGAAAAACAGCACUUUCUACACAGUGAUGGGAGAAAUAAAAAAGAUGGAAAGACAGGACUAUAUGUUAAAAACUGUAAAAUCACUAAAGAGGCAAUCAACAGACUGAUAAAAUUUAUAGCAGAGAAUACAGGCAAAGAAAGGGUGAAAAAUAUGAAAAAACUUCUAAAAUAAAUAUUUAAAUAUUGACCCCAACUUUAAAAAAGUCAAAGGAUAUGGACAUCAAUUACA